CUUAUUUCAGUGUAUAUCGAGAUCUUGCCGCAUGUUGAACGCUUUCGCCAGAUGGAGUGCUGUGAAGUGUAGUGUUAUUACGGUUGUAUUUUUUAUGUUCCUUCGCUUUGUGCUCGGUUUGCGUGUAUUUGUUGGUGCAUAAGGUACUGGUGCGGGAUUGUAGUGUGAGUUCUGUUUUUGUGUUGUUCGUUAUCUCUUUGGACUGCGAAAUACGGUAUCUAAUCCGGGAGGUAUUACGGAAAUUUCCCCCUUUGGUGGCGGAAAUCGAAAUCAUCACACAGAAGCAGUUUCAUAAAGCUGUUUCAUCGAAAUGGAUACGUACGUGAAGAAUUUACUGAACGGUUGGAAUAUGCCGGAGCUCAUCAAAAUAUUUCAAGAGGAAGAAAUCGAUGAAGGCGCAUUCAGGUGUUUGAAAUACGACAUGAUUAAGGAGCUAAUCCCGAAGGUGGGCAAACGGGCCAAGUUUGUACAAAAGUACGAGGAAUACAAAGAGAGUCUAACGGAUCGGCCUGCGUUUGGCGAGCUUCAACUAGAUGAGAAGGAUAAGAACGCCAACGCCUUGCAGAAGCCUUCCAACAUCAACUGGAGUCGAAUCGAGCGAGUGUGUGGCUCAGUACCAACCUACCUCAAGAACCUGCUGAAAAUGUGUGGCUAUGAGCAGGAGAGUAGCUUGCGAAAUCUCAACGAUGACGACUUCGUUGAUAUGGAACGUUUUGCCCGCGAAGAGUUGAUUCACUUGGUCCCGCAGACGCAGUUCUACUUCCACAUAUUUUGCACUGAUCCCGCACGGGAGUUUCGACUGGUCCCAGGGCAUCGCAAACUACUGCUGCAGAUGAGUGCCUAUCUGAAUUACACAAACGCCGCCAACGAACUGCAGCGCGCGGAUCCAAUGGUGAACCACCGAUCGGAACGACCCGUACCUGUCCAAGAGAGAAUGGAACGAGCUGAGCGUGUCGUUGAGCGGCCAGUGAAGCCGGAACGAAUUGCAGACAUCAAUCUGGUACGGGAAAUAAGGGAGCAACGCGCCAUGAUGCAACAACUUCAAUUGCAACAGCACCAACAGCAACAAGAACUGGUCAAUCAAGCCAGCGAAAUGCUCCAAGAACACAUACCAGACAUCAAGAUCGCUUCCACCAAAAAUCCACCGUUCGCCUUCGAGCAAGCCACGGUCUAUCCUCCGCUGAGCGACGAAGCCCGAGUCAAGAAGAUUCAGAAUAUCAUCAUCAAACUGAUCGAAAUGUGGAGCGACAAGCAACCGAUCAAGCUCACUCUUACCGAAGAAAUGAUCAAUGUCACAUAUGAACUCAAUGGCUACAAUGCCUUCAUUAAAUGCCCCAUGUGUGCGGUACAAAUCAAAGUGUCCAAGCUUCCCACCAAAAAGGGCGAUCGUUUCGUGAUCUCAAACUUUUCCAAACACGUCAUCAAGAUGCACUUCUCUCAGCAGCAGCAGCAACAGCUCUCGCAAUCCCAGCAACAGUUAAACGAAAGCAGUCGGUCUAGUUUGGAGAAUUCUGGAUUUUUCGGCGGGGAAAACUCCGACAGCAGCAACUAUCCGUACGAAGAGUUCAGCAUCAAACGAGCGAGGCUCGAGGACGAGGAUGACGAGGAACAUGAAAUUCCGCCCCACAUGCUGCAUCCCUAUGUGAGCAUCAAGGACGAAGUGAUCGAUCUCGAUGCGUAGUUUUAGUACCUAAGAAACCUCUUUUGAUAGCAACAAAUUGUACUCUGGUAUACUGAAAAAAUAAUAGCUAAUUGGUGUUUAACAUGAACAAGAGCUGAACUCAGUAGGAUUUAGUUAUGAAUAUACGAACUAUUUAUGUAUUACUUUUAGUCCUGAGAAGACAGUAUGUUUUUCCCCAUUCCCUGAUUAUCGAUCAAUUCCUUAGUUAUUGGUUAAGUUUAGGUAUCACGCAGCAUAGGAUUCAAAAGACUUUAAAUAUAUGUUUCCCUCGUUGAGGAGAAAAGUUAAUUACUAGUUUAAGGUUAUGCUGUGUACAUAGGCUGAUAGAUUAGGCGCAAGUUCGGAAAAAUUCAGGCGAACAGCAUUACACUCGACAUUUAUGUAUUUGAUUCCAUUUUAUCAUCUUCCAAAACCUGAAUAAAUCAUGUGCACCUGUUUCAUGUAAUGAACGUA